ACAGCUUCUCUUUCCGGCCUUUCUGGAAACAAACAAAACUAACUUCCUCCUUUUUUCUGAUUCUUAUUUUCUCAUAGAAAUAAAUACAAGAGAUUUCAAUUUUCAACCAGAGUUGUUCUUUUCCUUAAAUUCGACCUUUCUAGUACUGCAGCAAGUACAACAAUUAUGACUGUAGAUUAAUUGAUAAGAGCGAGAUUUCCUAGCCCUUUAUUAUUAGUUGUACGGGUCCAGGAAGAUAAUAAUGGGGAUUCCUUCUUGGGACGAUAUCGUCUUGAUCGAGCAUGGGAAGAAUUCCGGUGAACCGAGCGUUGUCAAGGUGAACUGCCCUGAUAAGGCCGGACUCGGGUGUGAUCUCACUCGCAUUAUUCUCGAAUUUGGACUCUAUGUCACCCGUGGAGAUUUCUCUACUGAUGGAAAAUGGUGUUACAUCGUGUUGUGGGUUGUUCCACGUCCAAGCUCUUUGAAGAUUGAUUGGGAGAGCUUGAAAAGCCGGCUUCUCUCUGCUUGCCCAUCAUGUUUGAUUUUGUCCUACUUCAAUCAACAAUCUAGUUGUUCCCCUCCCCCCCAAGUCUACUUGCUGAAGGUUUUUUGCUUGGAUAGGAAAGGACUCUUACAUGAUGUAACAAAGCUCCUUUGUGAGCUCGAACUAAGCAUUCAAAAAGUCAAAGUGAUGACAACUCCAGAUGGCAAAGUGUUAGACCUUUUCUUCAUCACGGAUGGCAUGGACUUGUUACACACUCAAGAAAGACGGAACAAAACUUGCAAACAUCUUGGCCUUGUUUUAGGCGACUAUUGUAUCAGCUGUGAACUUGAGCUAGCUGGGCCUGAAUAUGUUGGUCAGCAGGACUUCUCCUCUUUGUCAUCGGAAGUUGCUGAAGACUUAUUCAGUUGCAAGUUGUCCCACAAAGAUGCUUGUUCACAGGUUGUCACUUCUAAAGUGGCAAGGGUUAACAAAGCUACGAUCACCGUGGAUAAUGUGUUGAGCCCAGCCCAUACAUUGCUCCAAAUACAAUGCACUGAUCAAAAGGGCCUCAUCUAUGACAUUUUGAGGACGUUCAAGGAUCUAGAUAUUCAGAUUGCUUAUGGAAGAAUUUCUCCUACUGCUAAAGGAUAUCGGAACAUGGACCUGUUUAUCCAGAAAAGAGAUGGGAAAAAGAUUGUAGGUGAUGAAAGUCAAGUUGCUUUAUGUUCUCACCUAAAGGAAGAGAUGCUUCAUCCGCUGAGAGUCACCAUUACUAGCCGUGGCCCUGAUACAGAACUCUUGGUUGCUAAUCCUGUUGAGUUAUCUGGAAAGGGAAGGCCACGUGUUUUUUAUGAUGUUACAUUUGCCCUAAAAACACUUGGGAUCUGUAUAUUUUCGGCUGAGAUUGAUAGGCAUUCAACAUCAGAUCGCCAGUGGGAAGUGUAUAGAUUUCUCUUGGAAGAAAGCCGAGGAUUCCCAUUAGCUAGCCAGCAAGCUCGAAGUGAGAUUGUUGAGAGGGUUAAAGGAACUCUGAUGGGUUGGUGAAUUUUCAAUUAAUACCUCACUCAUUGAGAACUAGCACUUUGUCUCAGGGUGAUGUAUUCAUAAGGCAUCAGGUUUCUGAAGGCAAUAUAAGAGCAUUUCUGCUCCACUUGAGUUGAGAAGGCUUGCUGUUGCAAACUGUAUGGCUCGGCAACAAAGGUUUCAACAAAUGAAAUACAUCAAGCUUCUCACCUUCUGCUCAUGUUCUUCUUGUAAUCCUUCGAUCCUUCGUGUAGCUUAGCAAAAAAUUUACCGUUGGCUUUAUUUGGUUCUUUUUAGUAUGCUCAAUUACUUGAUAUAAUUUGUGAGCGUUGUAAAAUGAAGAGUGGAAUUACUUGCCAAGACCCAAAAAAAAAAAAAGAGUAAAGAGGAGAAUGAUAAUAAGGUGUCAU